AUGGCAUCCCCGGCACCGGCGUCGCUUAAGGACGCCGUGGGCAGCCUCGACCGCGAUGGCUUCGUCGGCCUCCUCUCCAAGCUCAUCGGCGAGACCGCGCACCUGCAGAACGACCCGCCGACCCACAGGCCUCAGGAGGAGCGCGUGGCGCAGCACGUCGUCGACGUGCUCCGCCCGGUGUCCGCGGACACCGGCGGCGGCCCGCUCCUCGUGCGGAAGAUCAGCUACGCCGAGGGCAGGAGCAACGUCAUCGUCGAGUACCCCGGCACCGUCCCCGGCCGCGUUGUCUCCUUCGUCGGCAUGCACAUGGACGUCGUCCCUGCCAACGCCAGCGAGUGGGACUUUGAUCCUUUCUCACUAACCUUUGAUAGCGAGGAUAAGGACAAGCUUCGCGGACGUGGGACAACUGACUGUCUUGGACAUGUUGCACUGGUGGCUCAGCUAAUGCGGCGGCUUGGUGAGGUCAAGCCACCCUUGAAGCAUUCUGUCAUCGCUGUGUUUAUUGCCAAUGAGGAGAACUCAUCUGUCACUGGCAUUGGUGUUGAUGGCCUCGUGAAGGAUGGAUUGCUUGACAAGCUCAAGACAGGACCCCUGUUUUGGAUAGAUACAGCUGAUAAGCAGCCGUGCAUUGGCACCGGUGGAAUGAUUCCAUGGCAUCUCAAGGCAACAGGGAAGCUGUUCCACAGUGGCCUUGCGCAUAAGGCCAUAAAUGCAAUGGAGAUGAACAUGGAAGCACUGAAGGUAAUCCAAAAACGGUUUUACACUGACUUCCCUUCGCACGAGAAAGAGAAGGUCUAUAAGUUUGCUACUCCAUCUACAAUGAAGCCAACUAAAUGGAGCUAUCCAGGUGGGGGGCUUAAUCAAAUUCCUGGGAAAUGCACAAUUUCAGGGGAUGUAAGGUUGACUCCUUUCUAUAGCACUUCUCAUGUCAUGGAGAAGUUGAAGGAAUAUGUAGAGGACAUCAAUGAGAGAUUGGAGACAAUACUUGAUACUCGUGGUCCUGUCUCCAAAUAUAUUCUUCCUGAUGAAAAUCUACGAGGAAGGCUUGAAAUCACUUUUGAUGGAGAUGUGAUGAAUGGGGUGGCUUGCAAUCUGCAGUCUCGAGGGUAUCAUGCAUUAUGCAAAGCAACCAAGGAAAUAGUUGGCCACGUGGAGCCAUAUUCCAUCACCGGGAGUCUACCUCUGAUUCGGGAAUUACAGGACGAAGGAUUUGAUGCUCAAACAGCUGGAUAUGGCUUACUGAAGACAUACCACGCGAAGAAUGAAUACUGCCUGUUUUCAGACAUGGCCCAGGGUUUUCAGGUGUUUCUGAGCAUCAUUUCACAGCUGGAAGAAGAGGUCUGA